AUGAUACAACAAUCAACAUCCAUGCAAAUCUUUCUAAUUAUUUUUAUUUUGAUUUUUGUAAAUAGAAUAACUUAUUCUUUAAAUUCAUCUUGUUUAUCAUGUUCAUCAAAUUUAUGUUAUCAAUGUUAUAAUACAUUACCAAUUGAUCGUACACAUAUUGAAAAAUUAUCUAUAAUAUGUAAUACAACAAAAAAUUUAUUUCAACCACAAGAACGUUUCUAUUCAAUUAUACAAUCAUUUACAAUAAUAAAUUGUACAAUGAAAACAUUAUAUCUUGAUCAAUAUACACAUUGGAAUUAUUUAGAACAUAUAAAAAUAAUACAUGCUAAUCUAACAUCGAUAUCAUCUAUUAUCUUUAAUCGAUCAUUAUCCAUGACAUUACCUAUAUUAUAUAGUGUUAAAACAUUAAAUUUAUCAUAUAAUUCAAUCAGAAUUAUAAAUAAAAGUUUUUCAUAUUAUUUUCCUUCGUUGAUAAAACUUGAUUUAAGUUAUAAUCAUCUGAUACUGAUUAAGAAAAAAACAUUUAUUAAUUUAAUUUAUUUAAAAGAACUUUAUUUGAAUAAUAAUUAUUUAAAACAAAUUUUACCAAAUAUUUUUCCACGACAAUCACUUUAUUUUAUUAAUUUAAAUAAAAAUUCAUGGUAUUGUUCAUGUACAAAUGUUCUGACACUUUCAAUAAGUCAACCAAUACCAAUAUGUUAUACACCAAAAGAAUUUCAAAAUCAAAAUGCAAGUGAUGUUGCACGACAAUGUUUUCUUCGAACAAAAGCGAAUAUAUUAAUUACAACAAAUCGAAAUCAAAAACAAAAUUUAACUUGUAUUAUAUCAUCGAUUAUUGAUGGUUGGAAAAAUAAAAUAAAUAAAAAUAUUACAUUAAUAUCUAUUUGGCAUAUUGAACAACGUCGUUCAAUUUCAUACAAUAGUCUAUCGACUUUAAGUAAUAAAUCCAAUGAAUAUCUCAUCUGUUUCAAUUUUAGUGCAACACAUCCAGAAUCUAUUGAUACAAUAAUUACACUUCCAAUAAUAAAUGUAACAAAAUCGAUUAUAGUAAAUUCUUCAUUUAUGUUUACAACAAUAAAGACAACAACAACAAGUGUGACUAGACCAUUAGCAAAUAAACUUUCUCCAUUUUUUCUUUGGCUUUUGAAUACAAGUAAAAAUAUUUUACCAAAAUAUUUUCGAACAUCUGAUAAACAUAUAUUAAUUGUUUGGUUAAUACUCGUUACUAUUGCAUUAAUUAUAUUUAUAUUUCUUAUAUAUUUUAUUCAUCAACAUAAAACAAUUGAUCAUUAUCAUUAUACAAAAUCUUAUUCAUUAAUACCUUUUGAUAAAAAUUCUCCUCAUCAUCGAACAUUAUUUAAUGUUAAAUUUACUUGUAAAAAUCAUAAAUGUCUAUGUCAAUAUAAUCGUCGUGCUCGUUCAACAUUAAAUUUAACAAAAUCAAAAUCAUCAACUUUACUUAAUAAACAAAUUUAUUCUAUUCAUCCAUCAUUCAUUGAACCAAGUCAAUUACGUUAUGCAAAAAUUAAACGAAUAUUAUCAACAAAAGAAAUGAAUAAUGAUUGUUCAACGGGAGAAUUUCGAACUAUAAUUAAAUUAAAAUCCUUACCAAGUUGA